AUGUCGUCUGAUGCCGAUGACGCGAUUAAAAAUCAAGCUGGUCGUUUGUAUGCUUCUAUGUUUGGUAAACUGUUAGAAGACGAUGACGAAACGCCAUCACGGAUUGCAGAUCGAUUGUUUCUUGGUUCUGCUCCCGAUGCUCAUGCACAUGAUCUCGAUCACUUCGAUAUUUCUUCUCAUUUUCCAGCAGCACUGAAUUUCAUUCAUAAAUCUUUACAAGCAGACGAUGGUGCUGUACUGGUGCAUUGCUCCGCCGGUGUAUCUCGUUCAGCGACUAUUGUUGCUGCUUAUCUCAUGGUUGCGCAUCAGAUUGAUGCUACCGAAGCUGUACAACGUGUGAAUCAAGCACGUCCAUGUGCUUGUCCCAACAUCGGAUUUAUUCAACAAUUACUUCGUUUCGAUCACAGAGAUUUUAAAUUUGAUUAA